AUGGAAGAAUUCAAAAAUAAUGUGCCUCAAAUGGAAGAAAUACCUCAGCCAACAAAUCAGAAUAAUGUUGACCUUUCGGGAACAAACCAGGAUGAUAUUAACCUUUCGCUAACAAACCAGGAUAAUAUUGACCUUUUGCUAAUAAACCAGGAUAAUAUUGACCUUUCGGGAACAAACCAGGAUAAUACUGAUAUUUUGGGAGAAAACUGGGAUAAUAUUGAUCUUUCGGGAACAAACCAAGAUGAUAUUGAUCUUUCGCUAACAAACCAGGAUAAUAUUGACCUUUCGGAAGCAAACCAGGAUGAUACUGAUAGUUCGGGAGAAAACUGGGAUGAUAUUGACCUUUCAGCAACAAACCAGGAUGAUAUUGAUAUUUUCGGAGAGAUCUGGAAUAUUAUUAAUCUUUUGGGAACAAACCAGGAUAAUAUUGACCUUUCGCUAACAAACCAGGAUGAUAUUGACCUUUCGCUAAUAAACCAGGAUAAUAUUGACCUUUCGGGAACAAACCAGGAUGAUACUGAUAUUUCGGGAGAAAACUGGGAUGAUAUUGACCUUUCUGCAGCAAACCAGGAUGAUAUUGAUAUUUUGGGAGAAAUCUGGAAUAUUAUUGAUUUUUCGGGAACAAAACAAGAUGAUAUCGACCUUUUGGGAACAAACCAGGAUGACAUUGACUUUUUGGCAAAAAAUCAGAAUGAUAUUGACUUUUUGGCAACAAACCAGGAUAAUAUUGACUGUUUAGCUACAAAUCGGGAUGAUAUUGACAAAUGUGAUGCCAAAAAUACUAAUCCAACUCAUGUUAAUCUUCCGCUCCCGAUAGACUUACAUUCUCAUAACCUUCCGACUGACAAAAAAUUCGUAACCAUGGAAGCCGGAGAACUUCCGCAAACAUUUACUAAAUUUAGGAGUGUUAGAGAGAUGGUAAAAAGAUUAGAAAGUGUCAAAGAAGAAUCCAUGAAAAAUAUUUCGCUUGUAGCUUCCACUAAACCUAAGAUUGAUAUAUUUAAUUGA